AUGGCCGGUGCCAAGAAGAAAAAGUCCAAACCAGCUGCGAACCCAGCCAGAGGCUUUGCUACCACGUCUGUCGCAUCCAAACCCCGAGUCGAAACUACCGCGCCCGCAGGAACACCACCCAAUGGCACGGCCACCUCUGACUCGACGGGUACUGGUGUCGUAAAGUCCGAUCCGUCCAUAGCGCCGUCGGCUGUUCAAACGACCCAAGCUGCUUCUAACACGCAACCAGAGCCUUCGCUGAGUCCAGAAGAGUUUGAAAGACAACUCGAAGAAUCCGAACUGCAACUAUUGGUGGAAAAGCAUGCGCAAAAGGUUAAACGAGAUGCUGCCCGUCAGAAGACUCGCCUCGAUACCGAUCGACGACUGUUACGGGGUCAGGCCGAGCCCUUGAACACUAGAAAAUGGUUGCCCCAAGAACUUAUGGACCAAAUCCUCGACUUGAUACAGGCCGAGAGCCGCUUCAGCGCUUCGUCCCUUGCUGCAGAGCGUCCUAUUAAUGAGAAAAAGCUAUCUGAGGAGGAUUUGACUAUGAGGUUAUGGACAUUGCAGCAGACUUUGGCAAGUCUGUCUUUUUCGACCGACAAAAUCGAUACUGUCUUGCAGUAUGUGCUCGACCUGGUUCCAAGCAUAUCCAAUGUAAGCAGAGAUUAUAUCUGGGGUCUAGAAGAGGCCUUGGACUGGCUUGCCAAGUCGUGUGACCGAGAAGAAUUACGUGACUAUGAUUAUAGGAGCGUCAAACCAGUUAAAUCCCAACCAGAUACGCCGUAUGAUAGCCCUUUACCGUCGGGUGCUAACACCCCCCGCCUUGCUGAUGCCGUGGGUGCUGGAAAGCAUUCAAAGAAUGGGUUGCAACCUUCACGUAACGGGGCCUCGAAGAAGAUAAUAGUGACUUGCGACGAAGACUUUGAGCCAGACGAUCUAAUUCCGGCUUACAUGGAAACCAUGGAGAAACUCUUUUGGCUGCAACGACCAAAACAGAACACCAGGAAACCCAAUGGAGCUAAGGACCGGUCUGCCACAGUCACCAAAGAUCGAUCACCAAACUCUGAAUCAUCUGGUUUAGAAGAGGCUAGGCUGCAAGGAAGAAUUGACCGGAUUGAGCAGGAUGUCCUUUUUGACAAACCUCUAGCAGAACACAUGUGGCGGAACCGCAGAAUCGAACUGGAGAAAGAAUUUGCUGCCAAUGCAAGGAAAGCUGAACAGCAAGAAAAGGAAGAGCGAGAGCGAGAGCAAGAAAAGGAGAAAGAAACUCAGACAGCUGAUCCUGGACCGGUAGUUGAGUCUGAUGACGAUGAUGAAAUUGCCAAAGAAGCCAAGCGCAUAGCAGCCGAGAUAUUACAAAACGACAGCAGUGAAGACGAAGCCUUGUCAGACUUAUUUGCUAACCUCCCCGUUCAAGAAACUGACGCAACGGGCAAGACGAGCACCGUAAUCAAUGGCGCUGACGGAGUCAAGGUCAAAAUCCGUGACUUCGGGAAAUGGUCAGGUGUGAACCCUACAAGAGCCUUGGAAGAGGCUUGUCGAUCAAGAGAUUCAGCCGUGAAAAUUGCAUACAAUCUUGUAUCUGAAAGUACCUUUUCCAACCGUCAUAUGGUAUCGAUAUAUUGGUCCAAGUCACAAGAAACCUCUGGCAUCCCAGAAAUCCCAGAUAUAGAACAGACUAUCUAUCCACAACUUUUCUCCUUUAAGAUGGUCAAAGUCUCGACUCCCGACUCGAAGCAAUCGGAAGCAUACAUUGCCACAGUUGCCAUGUUUGCCAUAUUUGGAUCUACGAAAGAAGAAAAGAUAUUCAUGAGAUUACCUGCAGCGUGGAGAGAGCUGUGGUCCGAGUUUGCAGAGGAAAAGAAGAACCAAGAGGACGCCCUAGAUCGGGUGGCAAUCAAAGAGAUUCGCUCCAUAAUUCGACGGAAACAAGACCAGGACUUAGAAGAUGGUGUCCUAUUACAAGGCGCAUUUCGAGGUAGAGCAGCAAAGGGUGCCUCGAAAGAUGGUGGCGACGAUUCUACCAUUGACCGAUCCGGUAGCAAUGCUUUCGAGCCUGAAUAUUACCAAAAGAUAUGGUAUGAUAAGGCUAGUACACCUCGCUUUCAAGCCAUGCUGCAAUCACGAAUGCAAUUACCCAUGUGGCAAUUUAGGCAGCAAGUACUAGAGACGGUAGAGCGAGAGCAGGUAGUUAUCGUCUGUGGUGAGACUGGAUGUGGUAAAAGCACCCAGGUGCCAUCUUUCUUGCUGGAGCACCAGUUGUCUCUUGGACGACCAUGCAAGAUUUACUGUACAGAACCUCGACGUAUCUCUGCCAUCUCAUUAGCACGUCGUGUGAGCGAAGAGCUUGGUGAAGGUAGAAGUGACAUAGGUACCUCUAGAUCACUUGUAGGCUACUCAAUUCGACUUGAGUCUAAUACAGCCAAGGAGACACGAUUGAUCUAUGCGACAACAGGUAUCGUCAUGCGCAUGCUCGAGGGCUCAAACGAGCUUCGAGAAAUCACACACCUUGUUCUUGAUGAAGUUCACGAGCGCACAAUCGAUUCCGACUUUUUGCUCAUUGUUCUGAAGAAACUCCUUGACAAGAGGAAGGAUCUCAAGGUGAUUCUCAUGUCGGCAACAGUUGAUGCCGAGAGAUUUUCCAAUUAUCUAGGACGUGCCCCAGUUCUCAAUGUUCCAGGCCGUACAUUCCCCGUACAGGUCAAAUAUCUUGAAGAUGCUCUCGAGAUCACUGGGUAUACUAUGAGCCAACAAGGCCAAGAGAAAAUGACUGAUCUUGAUGAUGAUCCUAUUGAAGACGAGAACGAUCCCUCAACGACUCAAAAAGCAGCCAAAGACUUGCGACAAUACUCUGCGAAGACUCGGAACACUCUUUCACAGAUUGAUGAGUAUCAAAUAGAGUACGAGUUGAUCGUCCAACUAAUUAGGCGCAUCGCUGUCGACCCGACGUACGUCAACUAUAGCAAGGCCAUCCUCGUAUUUCUCCCUGGUAUAGCUGAAAUCAGAACUCUCAAUGACUCGAUUCUGGGUGAACCAUUCUUCCAGCGGGACUGGGAAGUUUAUCCCCUUCAUUCCACCAUUGCCACUGAAGACCAGGAGAGGGCAUUCCUUGUUCCACCACAAGGGGUGAGAAAGAUUGUUUUGGCGACCAACAUUGCCGAAACAGGUAUCACAAUUCCUGAUGUCACCUGCGUUAUUGACACCGGGAAGCAUCGUGAGAUGAGGUUUGACGAGAGGCGACAACUUUCUCGGCUUAUUGACACCUUCAUCUCCCGAGCAAAUGCUAAACAGCGACGUGGUAGAGCGGGUCGAGUACAGGAAGGAUUGUGUUUCCACAUGUUUACGAAGUACAGACACGAUCAACUCAUGAGCGAUCAACAAACUCCUGAGAUGUUGCGUUUAUCAUUGCAAGACCUUGCCAUUCGAGUCAAGAUCUGCAAGAUUGGCGGAAUAGAAGAAACCCUCGGACAAGCGCUUGACGCUCCAUCGGCAAAGAAUAUUCGAAGGGCCAUUGAUGCUCUCGUCGAUGUCAGGGCUCUCACAGCCGCUGAAGACCUUACACCGCUCGGGCAUCAGUUAGCCAGGCUACCUCUUGACGUCUUCCUAGGGAAGCUCAUCUUACAAGGAACCAUUUUCAAAUGUCUAGACAUGGCUAUCACUGUCGCCGCUAUCCUCUCCUCCAAGUCUCCCUUCACUGCACCCUUUGGACAGCGCACACAGGCAGACCAAGCACGUAAGGCAUUCAAAAGGGCCGACUCUGAUCUCUUGACGGUGUACAAUGCGUAUCUAGGCUGGAAGAAGGUGUGCCAGACACAAAGUCACGAUUUUCAAUACUGCAAGAAAAACUACUUGUCCUCACAGACCUUAUCUAAUAUUGAAGAUCUAAAGGGUCAGCUACUUGUCUCUCUCGUCGAUGCCGGGUUCCUGCAGCUCACCCACGAUGAGAGACAACAACUCAACCGUCUUCGAUAUUCAAGCCGACGGAGGCAGUUUUUCGAAUUACCUCAACGCGUUAACCUCAAUAGUGAUAACGAUCUCGUCUCAAGCUCCGUCAUUGCUUGGAGUUUCUACCCCAAGCUCCUCCUGCGUGAAAAUAAGGGGUUCCGCAACGUCGGCAAUAAUCAGAGCAUUAGCUUACAUCCAGCUAGCGUCAACAAAGGCAAUCCAGAUCUGAAAUGGCUUUCCUAUUAUCACAUUAUGCAAUCGAAACAAUUCCUCAAUGCUCAUGAGACGACUGCUGUUGACACUUUUGCUAUUGCCCUGCUUUGCGGUGAUGUCCGCGUUGAUAUGUAUGCAGGCGUACUCAUCCUUGACGGCAAUCGAGCUCGCUUCAGUGUAUCCGACUGGAAGACUCUACUCGUGCUCAAGACAUUGCGCGCCCGUCUGCGCGAUAUCCUAGCUCGAUCCUUCAAGAUGCCUGGCAAGCUACUCCCGUCUAGUCAGGAGAAAUGGCUCGAUAUAUGGCAUGUCAUUUUCACUCAGGAUUUUAACAAGAACUAA